CUCCAGCAGACAGACAGAGGAGAUGUAUUCCAUAAAACACCAAAAAUUUUCAAGAAUGAAAACGAAAAAAACCAUCUUGUCAUUCCAUGAUUAAGAAUUAAGAUAGCACAUAAACUGCUGUGUUCCAGGAUGACAUUCCAUUUAUUAUAUUUGCAAAUUUUCUUUCUCUUCGUAAAUAAAUUAAAAUCAUCCAGUGCCCAGUCAGUACCAGCUUUGUUCGUGUUUGGGGACUCAUUGGUAGAUGUGGGCAACAACAAUUACCUCACUUUCACCAUUGCCAAGAGUGAUCUUCCUAAUCACGGCGUUGAUUUUCCCACCCACAAGCCCAAUGGAAGAUUCAGCAAUGGCAAGAUUGCAGCUGAUUUUCUUGCUGAGAAACUUGGGUUGCAGUCACCAUUGCCUUAUCUUUACUUGGUGCACACCAAGACCAAUGAGUUUUCGAGAGGUGUCAGCUUUGCGUCCGCAGCAGCUGGAAUUCUAAAUUCUACUAACAGAUGCUUAGACCUCCCUCUCAUUGACGGCCUUGAUGAUGAGAUCUCUCAUUUUACUAUUCCUAUGGACGAACAAGUAGAAUACUACAUAAAAACACGUGGAAUCUUGGUCGAAAAUCUUGGAGAAUCGAGAGCAGCUAAACUCCUAUCAGAAUCUGUAUUCACCAUUGUAAUUGGAAGCACUGAUAUCGGGACAUACUUUUAUUCAAGGUGUGCAAGCGUCACGGAGAGAAGAAGCCCUCAACAAUUUAUUGAUAUAAUAGUCAUUACUAUGAAAAGACACCUUAAGAGGAUAUAUGAUCAUGGGGGGCGUAAAUUUGUUAUUUUGGGGAUAGGUCCAAUUGGCUGCACACCGUCCGCACGAGUAAAUACCAAAAAUGAGGCGUGUGAUGAAGUUUCAAAUUAUUGGGCUUCCAAGUAUAAUCAAGCAUUGUUACUAGUUUUACGAGAUCUCAUCUCAGAGUUUCAAGAUUUCAUAUACUCCUACAUCAACAUCUAUGAUUUAUUUCUCAACAUCGUCGAACAAGCAGAUUCUUACGGAUUUAAGGACAAGAAAACUGCUUGUUGUGGACUUGGCAGACUAAAUGCUGACGAAGCUUGUUAUCCAAUUUCAUCUCUAUGUCCUGACAGAAGUGAUCAUGUUUUUUGGGAUCUUUAUCACCCGACCGAAGCAUUUACUCGGAUCAUUGUAGAAGCUGCUUUUGAUGGUCCACAACACUAUGCUUUCCCUGUUAAUGUUCGACAGCUAGUUUCUACAUAGGCACCUUUAAUUUCUUUCUUUUGGCUGUAUGUUUGGUUAUGAUUUGAAAUAAAAUGUCAGAUUUAUAUUUUUUAUUUAGAGGAUAAGAGUGGAUUUAGUUUUCAUCUACUUUCUAAAUACUUAAUGACGGAGCUAUGAUUUGUAAUUUGACCAUUUGGUGGUAAGAUAUUGAAGAUAUCUUCAAUGUUUGUAAACUUCAUUGAAUUGUAAAAAUCAUACAAGCUGGAAUUAAUACAUCA